AUGUCCCAUCCCUUAUAUAACCUCUAUGCCUCUGGGAAACAAAGUUCAGCCCAGGGGCGCUAUGGACAGCCGAGUAUGCAGGCAGAGAGAGACUCUCAUAAGGCAUCUCCUCAUCUUGGGCCUGGGUCCAGCUUUAGCUCUUCUGGAGUUUCAUCUGCGACUCCUGCAAAAUCUGGAGGAACAAUCCCAUCACGGCUAACUAUGCCAAUGAGCUGCAGGCCAGAAGGGAGUAAGACUUCAAUGGAAGAGGACAUAAAGAGGUCCAAACCUGUGGGCUCUGCAGAGUCUACUUCAGAAACAGCUGUGAACAUCCUUAUGCAAUUUGGACUUGAAAAAGAGGACCUGGAACAUCCGAUCUCAUACUCUGAAGAUCAGAUCACUCCUGACAAUCUGCCUUUUACCUUAGAAGUGACAAGGAAUAUCCCAGUGCUGGCCCAGAUGCAAGACUACACUGCCACUUCACCUAGGGUCUUUCCGCAUACCUGCUCUCUGUGUAACAAGGAAUGUAAUCAGAUGAAGGAUUGGGUCUCCCACCAGAAUACCAGCCGUCACAUCGAGAACUGCAAACUUCUGCGAAAGCAAUACCCAGAGUGGAACGGUGAAAUAGCAUCACCGCUAGGAAGAAAACCAGACAUGAGAGUCGUUCCCAUUCCUGCAGCCCCCGCAGUCAUCGUGACUCAGAGCGUAGCAGCGACAGGCGAAGUAGGCGUUCCCGCUCCCGCAGCCAUCGUGACUCGGAGCGAAGAAGAAAUAGACGAAGUAGCCGUUCCCGCUCUCGCAGCCACGUCGCCGCCGUUCCGUCUCGAGCUGGAGCAUAGGAGGAACAGUCAUUCCUGUUCUCAAUCACGCAGCCCCCGAAGGGAGAGACACAGAAGCCAAUCACGAUCUCUGUACAGGUCCAGACAGAAUCGCAGGUCCCGGUCUCAUUCUGACUCCUCAUGGUAUGACCGUCCUUCCUCUUCACGAUAUCGAUCACGCUCAAGGUGCCGCGAGAGACGAUCCUCACCGAGAAGAAGAGAUGAGAAACGUUCAUCACCGAGGAGAAGCUGGGAGAGGCGAUCGUCGACUGAGAGGUCAUCUCCUAGGCGAAAGAAGUCGAGCAGCUCAAAGAUCUUGGCAAAGAAACUGCUGGAAACAUCAGCUCUCCAGUCCUUAUCAAAACAGUCUGACCUGGAGACUGUCGUCAAAACUUUGGCUCCUGCCCUGCUGGCUCAGCUAGUCAAGAUGAAGUCGUCCCCAUCAACAUCAUCAUCAUCGUCCUCACGUUCUGCAUCUCCAGAAACAACUAAAGGGACGCCUAGCACAGAGAAGACAAAGGCUGGUAAAUCUUCCUCUCCGACCAUGGUGAGGCUACAAGGGACUGAAGCUGCGGUGGCACCUAAAAAUACAGCCAAGGCUACGGAGGCUAUUGAACCAAUUAAAGGUGCUGCAGUUGACGACUCUGUGACUGCAGAGAAGAUCUCAAAGGAUCAGCCGGUCGCUGUUACCCACCCAACAUUUUGGGAGCGGAUACAAGAGCAACUGAGUCCAGAAAGAAUCCGUUGUCUCAAGACAGUCAAACUUCCCAAUUCAAAGCUUGUUUUGCUUGAUUACAAGGUGCUGUUAAUAAGCAACCUGCCAGAGUAUCACGAUGGCUGUUACGCAGAGGAGGACAUCGCCGGUCUGCUCACUCGACACAGAUUUGAAUAUUACGACGACACGAUCUACGUUAUACCACAGGCACGCAUGGCUUUUGCCCUCAUGCCGACAGCAGUGGCAGCUAAAAACAUCGUGCUAGCAUCAGAAAAACAUGAUUUUAUUCUCAACGGGUCUAAACUUCGACUGCAGGUUGAGAAGGGCAACAUUUUAAUGACGCCGCUUGAGUUUUAUAAGUCUCUGAUGAAACGGCUAUGCUAUCAAGUGACUGACAAUGGAGCACGAAUAAUCUACAUCAGGAACAUCUCGCCAGGCGAGUCCCGGGAUCUCAGAGAAGCUUUGGAAAAAAUGGAUUGUGUAAGAAACUACCUGCCUCUUCUCAACAAGGUGUUUAUCGAAUUUCAGUCUCUUCGUGAUGCUGAUCGCCUUGGCGUUUGGUACAGCCUUCUAAAACGGGCCACCGGCCACAAAUUGUCAAGGCUGAAAAUACCACACGGUGGAUGUACCUCACUGCCACCAAGAUUGCCAGACAAAGCUUUGCCAGACAGCGAGGUUGCUGUUGAUGGUGCAACUGUCCCAACAGAAGAUAUUACCGUCCCACAACGCAGCACUUCACCAUAUUGGAUCACAAUGACAACUAGUCCCUUUGUGUUCCCCACUGUCUCUCCUUGGUUCACAAUCCCAGAGUAUUUAACUGUCAGUGAACCUGAUGACAUUGAGAAAGCCCAAUCUCAAGGUUCUACGUUCUCCACGAUCAUGUUGACCGGUUUGCCAGAAGGAAACUACAGACAGGAGGAUGUCACCAAGCUGGUGUGGCGUUACUUCCCUGAUCAGACGGUUCAGACUCUGUACUACAACAUAAUCGUUUUAUCACUGCAGAGGAGGGCCUUUGUGUUUUUAACAGCUGGGAUGCGUGCUGCGAUUUCGCCAGAGAUUACCUCAAAAAUCCAGUUACUGUUGGAGAGUGGACGCUCAGAAUCCACAUUGUUUUACAAGACAUGCUUCCUGGUUCAAGUGAGGAGAGCAUGUAUAGAAGCAUGAUGAAAUGGAGCAACACUCAUGUUCCAGAGUCUGAGGCUCUGGAGGACCGGCUGCUGAGUGUGGAGGUCUCCGAGGUGAAUGUGGACCUUCUCAUGAUGAUCAUGGAAGCGGUGGCGUCCAUUGCUGCUUUUGUCAGAUUCUUGCCGCUUGCCAACAGG